CAGUUCUCACCCUCCUCAUCACUUCCACACCCUUCUUCACAACAUCCUCCACCAACCCCACUAGUACAAAGAACACAUCAAUCUUAACAAGAUCAUGGCAACAUCUGCAAUCCAACGGUCAGCAUUCGCCGGCCAGACCGCUUUGAAGCCUCAAAAUGAGCUCAUCCGGAAGGUUGGCAGCUUCAAUGGUGGCCGAAUCACCAUGCGACGGACAGUCAAAAGCGCUCCACAAAGCAUAUGGUAUGGGCCGGACCGCCCCAAGUACUUGGGCCCAUUCUCGGAGCAAACACCGUCAUACCUGACCGGUGAAUUUCCCGGUGACUAUGGGUGGGACACUGCUGGGCUUUCCGCAGACCCAGAGACAUUCGCCAAGAACCGUGAGCUUGAAGUAAUCCACUGCAGAUGGGCCAUGCUUGGUGCAUUGGGCUGUGUCUUCCCCGAAAUCCUCGCAAAGAACGGUGUCAAGUUCGGUGAGUCGGUUUGGUUCAAAGCCGGGGCCCAAAUCUUUUCCGAGGGAGGCCUUGAUUACCUAGGCAACCCGAAUCUCAUCCACGCCCAGAGCAUCUUGGCAAUCUGGGCCUGCCAAGUUGUGCUCAUGGGCUUCGUUGAAGGCUACCGGGUUGGUGGAGGCCCACUCGGCGAAGGACUAGACAAAAUCUACCCAGGAGGGGCGUUUGACCCACUUGGACUGGCUGAUGAUCCAGAGGCAUUUGCAGAACUGAAGGUGAAGGAGAUCAAGAAUGGACGGUUGGCCAUGUUUUCGAUGUUCGGGUUCUUUGUGCAGGCCAUCGUCACCGGGAAGGGCCCAAUCGAGAACCUGUAUGACCAUAUUGCUGAUCCAGUGGCCAACAACGCAUGGGCCUAUGCCACUAACUUUGUGCCUGGAAAAUGAAAACAAUCCAAGUUGUGUGCUGCUUUUUAAUGUAACAUUACUAAAAGCUUCUUGGUGUCAUUGAGGUUCUCUACUUGUGGAUUUGAUCAAAUAGUGAUGUAAUUUUACUAGCAGAAACUGCUUAUAUUAGAACUAUGUCAAGCGUUCAGCUCCUUUUCUGCUA